UGGAGGGAGAAGGGAGGACUUAAAGGCACAGGGCCCUCUUAUCCCUUUAAAAUCUGGUCAGAGCUCUGCCCUCCCCUCCCCUACUUCGUCCCACUCAAAUUUCCAAUGGGGGUGGGGGCUUAGGUGUGAACCCAACACAACCCACCCGGCGAUAAACCCAACUCUUCUCCUUUCUCCUUUCUGGUUUGUGACUGAAAUGGGAAGGCAUACCUCCCAAGCCCAAGUGUAAACGUCCUAUGGGUUGGUGGUGGAAUUUGAAGAGCAUCAGGAAGAUGCCCUUACCCCUGGAAUGCCACCAUUUAGUCUGCUCCCUCUCUCCAAAGUUCUUCUCAGUGUGAAAAAGAUCUUCUUUCAGUUUGUAGAAUGAUGGUAGGAUCUGAUCUAAAAGAGGACAAAAGCCAAGGAAAGACAGAAUUCAAUUCUUCACCCAAAGACAGCCUGUCCUGGGAGACUGGGGAAAACACCUGCCCCUGGUCUCCAUCAAAGAGGAGCCGUUCAACAGUGGCUGCUGAUCAAGGCUGACUGCCCACCCCCUAGCCCCUGGACAGGGCCAGUGCCCACCUCUCCGGUCUCUCCAGAAGUCCCCUGGCAUCCCUUGGCCUCACUCUUCAGAGAAAUUCAAAUCCCUAUAGACUCCCUGACGUGAUCCCCCUCUGCCUCUCCCACAGCAGCAACACCUGGGCCUCAGUGGACACCAUGAAUUGGAGCCCUUGGCUCUGCUCCCCUACCCCUACCACCUGUCUCAGUUUCUCUCCCAUUCUUGCCCAGCCAAGGCCCUUUCAGGAGCCCCUCAGGGUUACUCUCCUCUUCCUGCACACCAGAGCAACCUCAGAACUUGCUGCCCUCCUGGGAAGACCUCCAUAACCUGGGGGGAGCCGUCCUCCAGGGGCCAGGCUCCCCAUGCAGACGUGCAGGCAGGAGCACUCCUGCCCUUACACGUGGGAGUCCCGGAAGAAGGGGAGAUUUUCACCCUCCACCUUGGUUACCUUGAUCCUCUGCAGCUGAGUAAGCCAUCAAGCUCUAGCCAGGGCAUCCCCCAUCCUGGCCUGAGGGCCAGCUCCCCAUCCUGAAAAACCUGUCUGGGGGCCACCCCUGAGGCUGAAGGGCCCAAAGGGCAGGUUGGACAGGAUUCCCCUCCAGCCCCUCCCACCCUCAGGACAAAACCAGCCACCCCGGGGGUAGGGCCUCACUUGCUUCACGAAGCCCCAUCCUGCUAUCACCCAUUCCUGCUCCCAGCCCAGCCAUGGCAUCCCUGCUGCCCAUCCGGACCUUGCCCUUGAUCCUGAUUCUGCUGGCUGUGAUGGCCCCAGGAGCUGCAGUGGACUUCAACAUCUCAAGCCUCUCUGGUCUGCUGUCGCCGGCACUAACGGAGAGCCUGCUAGUUGCCUUGCCCCCGUGUCACCUCACAGGGGGCAACGCCACACUGAUGGUCCGGAGAGCCAACGACAGCAAAGUGGUGAAAUCUAGCUUUGUGGUGCCUCCAUGCCGUGGGCGCAGGGAGCUGGUGAGUGUGGUGGACAGUGGAGCCGGCUUCACAGUCACCCGGCUCAGUGCAUACCAGGUGACAAACCUCGUGCCAGGAACCAAAUACUACAUUUCCUACCUAGUGACAAAGGGGGCAUCCACUGAGUCCAGUAGAGAGAUCCCAAUGUCCACGCUUCCUCGAAGGAAGCUGGAAUCCAUUGGGCUGGGAAUGGCCCGGACAGGGGGCAUGGUGGUCAUCACAGUGCUGCUCUCUGUCGCCAUGUUCCUGCUGGUCAUAGGCUUCAUCAUCGCCCUGGCACUGGGCGCCCGAAAGUGAGGCAGUCGGCGCCAGGCAGCAGCCUCCUCUGGGAAGUGCAGGGCACUGUCCGUGUCCCCAGCCCACAGCUUUGCCUUUUGCUCCCACCUCCUCUCCUGGAAAGACUGCCUGCUCCCAGGCAUCAGUCACCAGGCUUUGGCUCCUUCAGGGCCUUCAUGUCCUCUCCCUGCCUCCUCUCUCCUGGAGCCCUUUCCUCCCUCUGUCCCUCUCCUUGUCCCCUAACACCUCCCCUCCCCCCAACACUCCCUGUUAUUCCCCUCACCCGACUCCUAUCAGAAUUGAUUCUCUUCCCAUUUCACCACUUUAACCACCCCCAUCCGCCAAUAACAAUUCAGCCCUCCCUCGGCGCACUUAGUCCCUACAAUAAAGUCUGCUGCCAUA